AAUUCUUCAUUCAGAGUGACCUGCCAAAGGAGAUUCAAGUAGAACUAUGCGAAACCAUUGCAAUUUUGGGCGGCCGGGUCGAGACCAAAAUACCUCGAGAUGGUUUCAUUUUGGUUUCGCCAGGCAGUUCAGAGGAAGAUCGACUCCGCCUAUGCUGGACCAAUCCUGAACGACGUGGGCGCUUUUUCGUCCCGUAUACAUUCGUCGAAGCUUGCAAGAUGGCAGGCAUGCUUUUGAAACAGAUAUUCGUCGAGGACGGUACCCCAAUGGCAAUGCAUAUUCACCCUAGUGUUGCGAAUAUCAAUGCUCGGACAACGCUUAGUGAGCGUAUCGCACACUCUGGGGGCAAUCCAAAUGCAGCAGCGCACUCUGCUCGCGUCAUACUUGCAGAUCCUAACACUGAAGCCUUUCAACAUUUGAUCAAAACCUACCAAGAGACGCCUGGCGUCUACGUUGAAUCGUAUUUGUGGGUCAAGAAGUGCAUUGAAAGGGGAGUUGUUGCCUUUACCCCCGUGGUAUUCAAAAACCCAGGUGGGAGACGUCCGGGCGAGGAACGAAUGUCAUUUACCGAUAAAGAUGAAGAACUGCUUGCUCAUUGGAUUGCCGCCAAAAUCCCCUUUAAAGAAAUUGGCGGACGGACUGGCAACCGACUGUAUCAACAGUUAUGUGAAUUGCAUUCCGACCCCGAAUAUGCAUGGGUCACCCGCCACACAUGGCAGUCGUGGCGGGAGAGAUAUAAAAAGAACGCUGCCCGGUUCGAUAACAUGAUUGCUGCCAUCGUUGCCGAAACCAAGCCAACACCGGGAGAGAAAGGGCAGUUUGGGUAUGUCCGUCGGCCAGAAAGGAGGAAACGCGCGAGAAAGGGUGUACCCAAAGAUGAAGAGUUCGAUGAAGAGAUGACUGAGCUUCAUGCUGAAAGACCACUCAGUAGUAAAAUGGGGACGAUACCUGAUAACCAGCCAAUCGCCGGGCCUUCUAACAUUGGUUUUCCGCAACUUACCUCCACCAUGGAUGCCCAAGGAGGACCUGCGGCAAUGUCGGCAGCACGGGGUGGUCCUAUUGAAGAGGAACUUGACGAAACUGAGGGUGAUUGGGCCGUUCGAGUUGGGAAUGCACCACCUCCGGGUUGGGCCAAACGUCGAGCCUCUAAUGACCUUCACGAUGGACAGCAUCUGAAGAAACAGAGACAAGAGUGGCAGAGCAAGGUUCUAUACCACAUCAAACUGUUGUUAAAAUUGCCAAUAUGCAUGUCAUCGAUUCAAAUAUCCGGGAUAUAGCGAAGGAAUACAGGUUUACCAUUGAAGAGGUGCAGGAAUAUUAUGAUAAGUGUGGGGAGAUGAGCCAUACACAUUUGCGGUUCCAGAAGAUGCGUGAAAUGUUGACAAACAAUUUUCCGGACGACAACAUACCUCCUUCACAAUAAUAACAUUCCUAGGCGUAGCAAUGACGCAGUCCUGGUUAUGAUUAUAUACUGAACUGCCAGUAGAAGACUAGUCUCUACGAGUGUACGCAACAUUAAAUUACAUUGAAAACUUAUUAUCUGCGGCUCGCACUGGUGCAGAGGGGCUAUUGAACAAUUUUUGCUUCCUAGAAGUGAUAAUAGAACUUGUAGCCGACACCUUCGAGAAAUAUUAAAUGAAAAACUUACUUUUCACCAGCAGCUGCUGAUGGAAAUGAACCAAAAAGGUCGGGAUGUUUUGGCAGUGGUGAUUCUCUGAAAGGCGACGAUUCAACAAGGGA